GGGCAUUUGGCAGAAGUUCAAUAACGGUCACCUCGGAACCGUGGAUUGCUUCAAUCCGCACAAUCGAGACCCUACAGUGAAUACCGUAUAGAGAAACUGCAUAGAACAAGAUACACCACAUAAGUUAUUGAAAGAAACAAAGCAUUAUGUCGUUUCUGUAUAUCGUGACUAUUCCUUGUGGCGUACGUCUGCAGACGUCCGGUACAGUAUAUGAGCUGAACGAUACAAUAAAUCCGAAUAUGGGCAGGCAGUCUCACUCCAGUAAGCCUAUGUUUGGUAUGCAAGGCUCAAUGACUUCUUGCAUCAAAGAAGAGAAUGAAGACUCAAGCUUAUACGACGAAGUAGUUAUUGACGUACCUGUGAUACAGACUACCAUCAAUGUGGAUAGUGACGUAGAUAGUGUCACGACAGGAGGAAGACCCUCUAUGAUUGAAGUAGAGAGGCAAAUGCAGGGCCUGUUUACGCCAUCUGUCAAGUCGGACUUAGCGGAGGAUGCACCUCCGAGCACAGAAGAGACCAAGAAGAAAGCGGUACGCAUGGCAUCGGAAGUUUUACGACAACAAGAGGAGAGCAGUCGCCAGAAGCGGAAAAACUCGGGUUUUGAGGUCGACGUGAGCGAAUUGCUGAACGAUGUGCUCAAUGACUUGAAAAUAACGGCCACUUGGGUGCAAGGGCUGAAAGGAAAGAAGUACAUCGCGCAAUUCCCUUGCGAUGCCAACAAAGUGGAGCAUGUGAUGGAGAAGCUACUUUCCAUUGGGGUGGGUGGGGACUAUGGCACAGUGCAAGUGAUCCCCAUUGAGCUGUCACGUCCCUUCGCAGCUGUGGUCGAAGACGACAAUAGCCGAAAAGGCGGCAAAUUCAUGGAAAGCGUCCGUUCCCGUUUGGUGAUGGAGAAGGUACUCGCUCAGGUGGAAGCUGGUGCAGCUAUGACCUUCGAUUAUUUGUCGUUGGUGGUUAUCGCCGGGUUUGUUGCAGGAAUGGGGUUAGCCACAAACAGUGUGGUGGCCGUAGUAGCGUCUAUGCUUAUCUCUCCCAUCAUGGGGCCCAUCCUGGCCUUCACCUUUGGGUCUAUCAUCCUCGACUGGAAGAUGGUGCGCCACGGCUUCCUCAUGGAGUGUGUCUCCCUUCUCAUGUGCGUGGUCACAGGUUUCAUCAUCGGCUUAGUGUUCUGUACACUGGGCUACGACUCGUGGGGUUGGCCCACCAAUGAGAUGUCCUCACGCGGCACGUGGCAGGCGUGUUUGGUCUCCAUCACCAUCGCUAUCCCGUCGGGUGCGGGAGUAGCGCUGUCUAUAUUAGGAAACAACACAUCCUCACUCGUAGGUGUGGCCAUCUCAGCCUCCCUACUGCCCCCGGCAGUCAAUGCUGGUAUUCUGUGGGCGUAUGCAAUCGUAGGGCCGUUUUUGGCCAACCCAGCAAACCCGGUCGACGGUGCGGAGAUGGCAUUACUGGGCGCAUGGAGCUUCCUGCUGACGGUAAUUAAUAUCGUGUGUAUAUACUUGAUGGGGUUGCUGAUGUUUAAGAUUAAAGAGGUUGCGCCUAUCCCUGGUAAGACGGACUUCUGGAAGAGUGCGGUGCAGGCGCAGAGAAGCGCGAACGAAACAGUCAAGGGUGAGGCGGCCGAAGACCUUGCGCGCGACUUCAGAGCGAUGAUUGAGCCCCUACGACGAUACUCACACGCACACAACAAAAUGGACGCAGUGGCACCCGAAAGCAAAAACACACUCACGGUUGUCAAGUCCAUGGGUAUCUCCAACUCUAUGCCUGUGGGUCUAGCCCCUCAGUCGGCCCAAUCGGCAGCCAGAGAGAUGCACGGGCUGUCUAUUGGCGAACUGAUGGCGUACCGUCCCUCUAAUACUCGGCUGAACAUGCCCACAUACGACCCCAACAUGGGAUCCUCAUUGUUAACGGGCGAGAGCCUAGUGCGCAGACAG